GCCACCAGCUACACUUAGCCAAAUUCCAAACGGCUCACCAUGGAAGACUACGAGAAUGCAAAGGCUUGCCUGAACCACGCGAAGCAAUGCGAGGCCCUAGGGGACCAUCACAAGGCCAUGGUUCUCUUCGGCCGUGGCGAGUGCUUAGCAGGCCACGAGUCGACGAAGAGGAAAUGCGCGCGCGGUGUCAAGACAUCGCUGAAGCACUUGGAGGAGCAGCUCUCGGGAAAGUACGAGUGGGCCGAAAUCUUCAGGGCUGACCCUGAUGCCUUGUUGGGUUCGCCCAAAACCUUUGUGCACCUGCCACUUACAGCCUAUAGCGAGCCGGUGACCGCCGUCAUGGGCCGCUUCGGCCGGGGCCUGGCGGUGAGGCGUGACGUGGCAAUAGGAGACUUGCUGUUUGUGGACAAGGCGUGGGUGGUGGGGAACUACGAAGAUCUUUUGGACGCGGCGAUGAAAAGCUUGGAGGACUGCAGUGACUUACAGCUCCACAGGCUGAUGGAGCUCUAUGAUGGCACCAAUGGAGCCAAUGGAGCCAACCCUUUGAUGGAGAAACUCCUGCCCGGACGUGUGGGGGCACUCAGUGGGGGCCUCUGA